AUGGAACUUGUAAGCUUAUAUUAUAUUUAUAAUUAACAAUUAAGCAAUUUGGUUGAAGAAAGGUCAAUUUUAGACAUUUCAAAGAGCUUCAUUUAACUGAAUAUCUUGAAAUUUAUUUUCUACAUUUUAGAAACAAAUUAAAGUACUUUUCAAACUAGAAAGUUAAAAAAGAGAAUUGAAAAGCUGAAAUCUCAUAUAUAGAAGCAAAUAAUAAAGAAUAAACGAUGAUGAAAAUGAUAAGUCUGAUAAUAACAUUCAUCUUAGAAAGAGAUUAUAAUCUGAAAUUAUCAAGAAAAAAAUAAUGCAUGAAUUGUUUUACUUACACUAUAUUGCAAUCCUAAAGUUUAAAAGCAAUUUUCGUUUACAUUAUAGUCUGAGAAUGGAAUAAAAUGUAAAUUGAAUAUGUAUCGAUUAAUAUAAUUGAUUUAGAAAGCACAAAUUGAUAAUUCCAGCAAUAGUUAGAGGUAUGUCAAACAUAUUUAGUAUUAAUUGAUGAUAUUUAAAUAUUGGAAGAUAUUUGUAAAUAAUUUAUAGAUUUAUGAUUUUGUAAUUAGAAAUAAUGAACUUUUGAUUUAAAAUGAUUAAUCAUAAUUAUCUGG